GGGGGGGACCUGCGGUGUAACGUUACUGGAAUGGGAACGAGGAAGACGAGGAGCAGGAGAAGAACAAGGCAAGGUGAUUCCUCAGCAAAAUCUCUGUUCAUACCAGGUUUGCAUUCUGACCUGCGGGCCAAUGUAAGUCGUGUUGAGUGACUGCGUGUGAAAGGGACCAUCAUUAUCCUCAUGUCCUAUGGAGGAGGCUUUCAGGGACGACCUGAGCGAGUCCGCCAGGCGCCCCUCUAUGACCAGGUACCACACGGCUCCUUACCCCGAGAAGACUCCUUCAAUCUGCAGCCACUGAGAGGUCAGAGAGACCCUCAUCUCGCUAAGAGCGCCGACCCCCUCCCGGCCCCACCUCUGCCAGAGCAGCCUCCUGUAGGGCUCGAGUUCGAUCCCAGCGGCAGCGAGGACAACAGUCACCCAGACCUUGACCCAGCCAUCGACAUCAAGCCAGUCCACCGCUUCGUCCCAGACUCCUGGAAGAACUUCUUCAGAGGAAGCAACGUGGGCAGUGACAAGUGGUCCAUGCCUGAAUCCUCGGUUAACAAUAACAAUAGCACCACUGGGGGGCAGCGCUGCUCACCCCCUCAGUCCCCGUCUGUUCCUGGGUCAUACAGGGAUCCCUAUGGGGGCUCAGGUAGCUACAACUCCAGAAAGGAGCUUCUGGAAGUACCGGAUCCUCAGGAGUCUGUGUCAGGGCGCACCUACCGCACGGGUCUGACCUACAGCGAGCGAGUGGAGGAGUACCAUCAGCGCUACGACUACAUGAAGUCCUGGGCAGGACUGCUGAGGAUUCUAGGCUGUAUUGAGCUCCUGCUGGGAGCUGCUGUGUUUGCCUGUGUCUGUGCCUACAUCCACAAAGACAAUGAAUGGUUCAACAUGUAUGGAUACUCCUCUCCUGGGGGAGGAUACGGAGGAGGUUACAACGGAGCCAUCACAGGGGGGUCCUACUACUCAGGCCCCAAAACCCCUUUUGUGUUGGUGGUGGCAGGGCUGGCCUGGUUGAUGACUGUGAUUCUAUUAGUGCUGGGGAUGACCAUGUACUACCGCACCAUUCUGCUGGACUCCUCAUGGUGGCCCGUGACUGAGUUUAUCUUGAACCUGGCUCUGGCAGUGCUCUACAUGGCAGCAGCCAUUAUCUAUGUACGUGACACAACUCGUGGAGGGCUCUGCUCCUACCCAGUCUUCAACAAUGGCAUCAAUGGUGCGUUCUGCAGAACAGAGGCUGGCCAGACUGCUGCCAUCAUCUUUCUGUUUGUCACAAUGGUUAUUUAUCUGAUUGGAGCCAUCGUGUGUCUCAAGCUGUGGAGACAUGAGGCUGCACGCAGGUACCGGGAGCUGAACGGCCUGGAGAUGCUGCCCUCUGAGAUGCGAGCUGCUCGCUCAUUGGUCGCUCCAGGUCCAGCUCAUGUACUCAAAACUCCCGAACAGGCCCAGGAGUCAUCAGUCGUUCCCAUCCAGGCUGCUCGAAAGGUUGGGCCGGCGCAGAUUCUACAGGGCGCUAUACCAUCAGGACACAUUCCAAAACCUGUUAUUGUGCCUGACUAUAUUGCUAAGUACCCAACCGUACGGACAGACGAGGAGCGGGACCAGUACCGAGCUGUGUUCAAUGACCAGUACGCCGAGUACAAAGAGCUCCACGCAGAUGUGCAGGCCACCCAAAAGAAGUUUGAUGAGAUGGACGCCAUGAUGCGAGGCCUGCCCCAGAACCCAACCAGCCAGAUGGAGGUGGAUCGUAUUUCCAGGAUCCUUCAGGAAUACCGGAGGAAGAAAAAUGACCCAACGUUCCUGGAGAAGAAGGAGCGUUGCGAAUACCUGAAGAGCAAACUGUCUCACAUCAAGCAGAAGAUCCAAGAAUACGAUAAAGUCAUGGAGUGGAACGACCGAUACGACUUUUCGUUCGCUGCUGCAGUUUCAGUCGACACAGCCCAGGUGAGACGCACCGAGCAACAGAUUCUUUUAACAGGGCAGCACCCAGUAGAUCCAGCAGCAAUGUCCUCGGGGCCCCAUGGGAGUCCCCCUCCCUACGAGGAAGAUGGAUACACCGCCGCUCCGCAGACGGCCUACUCUUACUAUCCAGAUGAUGAGUUCCAGCAUUUCUACCGCUGGACGUCUCCACCAGGCAUCCUCAAAAUCAUGGGCAUCAUAGUCAUCGUGAUGUGCGUCGGCAUAUUUGCUUGUGUAGCCUCCACUCUGGCUUGGGACAGCCAGGGAGCCAUGGGUGGCUUCGGGGGUAUAGGGGGAGGUUAUGGCGGCGGCGGUUAUGGCGGCGGCGGUUAUGGCGGCGGUGGAUUUGGUGGUGGCGGUUAUGGUGGCUCCUAUGGAGGUGGCGGCUAUGGAGCUGGAAACAACUAUGGCUACGGUAGCCUGGGAGGGAACUACAAUGACCCCCGAGCAGGCAAAGGGUUUAUCAUUGCCAUGGCAGCCAUCACCUUCAUCGCCUGCCUGGCCAUCUUCAUCAUCAUUGUGUCCCAUCAAAGCCUAUCAGAGAGCAGGAAGUUCUACCUAGCAGUGAUGAUCAUAUGUGCCAUCCUAGCACUGCUAAUGCUAAUUGCGGCCAUAGUUUACUUGGUGGCAGUGAACCCCACGGCGCAGUCCUCUGGGUCCAUCCAGUCUAUGCAGAUUGCUGGCCUGUGUGCUCAGUACCAACAACCACAGACUGCAGGAGUGUUCGUCAACCAGUACCUCUACCACUACUGUGUGGUGGAGCCACAAGAGGCCAUCGCCGUGGUGUUUGGCUUCCUGGUCGCCGUCGCUCUGAUCAUCAUGCUCGUCUUUGCUCUGAAGACUCGCCAGAAAAUCACAAAUUUUGGCAAGAGCAACAUUCUGUGGAAGAAAGUGAAGAUCAUUGAUGAGAUGGCGCCACCUCAGGAUGUGGAGGCAUGGGUGAACAAUGUGUCCGUUCCCCCUGAAGAGCUCCCGAUGGCAGAUUACCCUGAGAAGCUGAGAGGCUCCAGGAGCCACCUGGAUGACGAGAGCACCAACUACGACAAACCUCCCUACAGCUACUCGCCACAGCCUCUUGUGGAAAACCAUGCGCUGUUGCAGAACGGCGCUCCCUACAGCAGUAGCUCGGAGGUGGCCAGCUCUGCCGGACGGCAGAAGAAGAGGCGUGCAGCUCGCCCUCGCCGCGCCGAUGGACAGGACUAUGAAACCGACUAUAACUCCUCAGGAGACGAGCUGGACGACAAUGACUUUGACAGUGAAGUUUCUCCGAUAACAAACGAGAAGGAGCGCAACGACUGCAAGCGUGAAUUCGACCGCGAACACCAGGAGUACAAGGACCUGCAGUCGGAGCUAGACAUCAUCAACAAGAAUCUGUCCGAGGUGGACAGAGAGCUGGACGAGCUGGAGGAGGGGAGCCCACAGUACCUGGAUGCCUUGGAUGAGUACAACAGGAUAAAGAGCAUCAAAAAGUCUGCAGAUUAUCAGGUGAAGAAGCGUAGGUGUAAAUAUCUGAAGUCCAAACUGAACCACCUCAAGAAGAUGGUCAGUGAUUAUGACCGCAGGGCCUGAACAAAAUCUGUGGGGACUACCCUCCCCUCUGAGACGUGACCGAUUGGAGAGUUUUGGGACAGUAGCAGACUGCAGAGGAUGGAGCUACUGUAUCAAACGUGGAAACUUCUUAAGUGUGUUUGAGCUGAUGCUGUUGAAACUCUGCAAAGGUUGUUUUAACUUUGGAAGGACAGAGCCUUAUUCCUUUCUGGUAUUAUGUCGCUGUUUGUAUUAUGAUCAUCUCAUGACAUAGGCACUGUUUUAUGUAUUUAUUUUACUCAUUGUGAUCUAAACAUAGGAGUCUAGUUGAGGAGUGAUAUAUGCAGAUCCCUGUCUGAUUUUUUUAUGAGCUCUUUAUUUUUAACUCCCUCAUUUUUUAUCGGCAACAUAAAGAUGUAAAUAUUUGGGAAACACCUGUGUUUUUAAUGUUUUUAGCCGUUUAUGGAAUUAAGUUCACAUGUGUUCAAUGCGUUUCAGACACAUGAUGAUAUUGCAGGUUUGAUGCAUACUGAUGUACUUGGACAAUCAUUUGUGAUGUUUUUUACUAGAAUAAAUUCAUUUAACAAAC